CACACAGACACACACACACACACAGACACACACACACGUGAACAGCGUGUUCUUUAAACGUCUUCACGUCAGUUUGUCGACAACACUUGAGACAACGUUGCAUGUGAAGAGAACGUGUCAGAGAUGCGUGACGUGUGUGUGUCUCCGCCCCCCUCUCCGCCCCCCGCCCCCCCGUCUUCAGGAGUACACCAUCGACGUGUUCUUCCGUCAGAGCUGGAAAGACGAGCGUCUGAGCUUCAAAGGUCCCAUGGAGAUGCUGCCGCUCAACAACCUGCUCGCCUCCAACAUCUGGACGCCCGACACCUUCUUCCUCAACGGCAAGAAGUCCAUCGCCCACAACAUGACCACGCCCAACAAGCUGCUGCGCCUGACCGAGGACGGCACGCUGCUCUACACCAUGAGACUGACGAUCUCGGCAGAGUGUCCCAUGCAGCUGGAGGAUUUCCCCAUGGACGCUCACGCCUGCCCCCUGAAGUUUGGCAGCUAUGCGUACCCAGUGUCAGAGGUGGUCUACACGUGGACCGAUGGAGCAGCUCUGUCUGUGGUGGUGGAGAAGGACGGAUCCAGACUGAACCAGUAUCAUCUGAUCGGACAAACGGCCGGGACAGAGGACAUACACACCAGCAGAGGACAGUACACCGUGAUGAUGGCCCACUUCUACCUGAAGAGGAAGAUUGGAUAUUUUGUCAUUCAGACGUAUAUGCCCUGCUUCAUGACGGUAAUCCUGUCCCAGGUGUCCUUCUGGCUGAACAGAGAGUCGGUUCCUGCGAGGACAGUCUUUGGAGUGACCACGGUGUUGACCAUGACCACGCUCAGCAUCAGUGCCAGGAACUCGCUGCCUAAAGUGGCCUACGCCACCGCGAUGGACUGGUUCAUCGCCGUCUGCUACGCUUUCGUGUUCUCGGCGCUGAUUGAGUUUGCCACAGUGAACUAUUUCACCAAGAGGAGCUGGGCCUGGGACGGGAAGAAGGCUCUGGAGGCGCAACAUCCCAAAAAACGUGACCCCAUGAUUCUGUCGAAAAAGCCCAACAACGUUUGCUCGGCCGGCAGUGGCGGCGUCAACUACACGCCCAACCUGACCAAGGACAUAUCCAUCUCCACCAUCUCCAACAUGACGUCGGUGCAGCUCCGCACCUCUGAGGCCAAGAUGGUGGACCCCAAGAAGACGUACAACAGCGUGAGCAAGAUUGACAAGAUGUCACGGAUAGUGUUCCCCGUCCUCUUUGGAACCUUCAACCUCGUGUACUGGGCCACGUACCUGAACAGAGAACCCGUGGUGAAAGGAGUCGCCGCCUCAACGUAAUCGCUCUCUCUAUUUUUUGAUUUGUUUUAUCUGGAGCGCGUGGACUUAGAGGACUCGUUGUAAGGUCUUGACAAGAAAAGAAAAAAAUAUAAACAAAUAUCUGCGCUUGAAGAACAAAAACUAUACUCAACUAUCUAAUUCAAGCACUUGGAAUGGAUGCAAGGCUGCGACAGAAUCUCCUUCUCCCCUGAACUUCAUGGCCUGAAAAACUGCUUUUAAGACUGUAAGACAAACCAGAGUGCGGUGCUUUUGCUUCAUCUCAUCCCUGCUGCAGUUUGCAUGAAAACGCGCCAAAAAAAAACUAAAGAAAAAAACCCUGACUCCUCUUUGUCUUGAAUGACGACCGCGUGUUUAAGUGUCGAUCACUGCUUCACAUAUAAAAGCACAUUCACCACCAUCAUCAUCACCACGACGUCAGAUUCUAACGCUAUGGCGCAAACAAACUGCAAUACAGCACGUGCUUGAGUUUUUAAAGAAAGAUUAAUGCUGCAAGUGCAUUAAUGAUUGAACUUUGUCCCUUAUUUUCUCCGCCUGUUGCAGUGAGCGCUCAUGUGUCUCUGUUCGUCUUUACUUGAAGAUUCGACUGCUGCAGACCUGGUUUCCCAAAAUACCUCUGAUAGAGCCUCGAUGAGGAGCGGUGAAAGAAUUCUACCUGAAGGUUAAAAAAACGGCUGAAUUUCUGAGCAAAGAGGCUCUUCUUCAUUUAUAAAUCAUCAUUUAUGCCAGUAUAUGUCUGCAGGGUCAUUGAGUGUCUCAGAGAGGACACUAAUAAUCAGCCGAGUGACGCCGAGAGUCUGGAGACAAACGUUCACGCCACGAGGAUAAACUUUAACGAGGACAUAAAUCAAACCAACAGCCAGGCGUCAAACCAAGGUCUAAAUUUAAACAAUGCAGCUUUAGGUAAAAUUGAAUCUGCCUUUAAUUCUGGACACGUUUACAACAACACAACAGAGCAAAGACGUCGAAUUUUACAAGAAAAAUUCAACAAAAAGCCACAAAUAAAUGAAUAGAUAUUCACUAAGAGAGUUAACAUGGGUCAGAGCCGACUGCUGCAGACCUGCUUUCCCAAAAAACACUGUUAUUUCUCUUCAAGCUAAAACCACGCUCGCAGUAGUUCCACAAGUUUUUGCUUGCUGCUACACGUGCUAGCAAUGCUAGCUAAAGACCGGGCUACUGAGUCAGUGUUGUUUCUUAAACGUCUAAAAACAAUAAUGAAUGUUUUCUCAAGACUUUAGCUAAAAUCUCUAAGACAGAUUUCAGAAGUCAUAUGCUAGUGCUAACCCUAGCAAGUCAGUGUCAUUCCUUCAACGUCUAAAAACAAUAACAUUCAUGGUAUAUUUAAAAUACUGUGAUUCCAUGUAUGUUGGUGUUUACCAACAACAAACAGCUAUGUUUGGUUCUAGAAGGUUCUCGUGUGCUAGCAAAGCAAGCUAUUGCUAGUGCUAACCCUCAGUCAUUGACAGUAGUUCCCAAAAUGUCUUUAAAAUGACUUUUUCUGGUGUUCAAGUUAUCGUUGAUGGACAAUUUAAUUUAUUUGACUUCAGUUUACUGAAGAAGGAAAGAUUCUAGAUUUUCGGAAGCUGCUACACAUGCUAGCAAUGCUAGCUACAGUUAUGAAAACUGAGUAUAUGUUAUAGCAUGUCGUAGUGUAGUUCCUUAAACGUCUAAAAACAAUGACAUUUAUUCAUGGUUAAAAUCACAUAGUUCCAUGUAUUCAUCAUCAGCUUGUGUUUCUCUCAAGAACUAGCUAGCAAUGCUAAAAGUAGUUCCUUUAACUUCCAAAAACAUAUAUAUAUGUUUGUGUUUACCCUUACCGACAGCUAAGUUUUGGUUCUAGAAGGCGCUCACAUGCUAACAAUGGUAGUCAUUAUAAAAACAGAUCCUGCUUGUAAAUUUUCAGCAUGUAGCUUAGUAGCACUAACACUAGCAUUUGUUUAGCAUGUGCUUAGCUUCCUGGUUGUGGCUCACAUUCAGGUAAACAAAGCUCAUUUUUAAAUGCUAACGACAUAACGAGGCCUUGAAGCUACAACGAUGUUUUUGGGAAACCGGGUGGAAUCAUGUAAAUAGCUUUUCUUUUACUAAUGAACCUUUUUGCUUUAUCACAAAAUAUUGUGACAUUUGCAUUUUAAAGCCUUUAGAUGUAGAAAAAAGAACCAAAGUCUAGUACUGACUUGUUGUAAUGUCUUAUUUCUUCGUGUGAGGUUACGUUUCCUUCCUAGCUUGUAGAUGGGCACAGACUCUUGCUUUUAACGUGUCAGUCCGCUCGGAUUCUCCGCGUCUUUAUUUCCACAUGGACUCUGACUGGAGUGGAAGCGGCGAGCGCACGUCCACGGCUGCGUGGUGUGUUGGACUGUGGUGAGAAACUCAGGAACUAAAGGACUCCACGCUUCCAGCAGAAGAGUUGCCUCAGAGUCGCAUGGAUUGUGACGGCGAGCGUCAGUUCGCUCGUUCGCUCGCUGCUGGGAGCAAAGUCCCUCAUAACCUGGGCACUGAAUGGCUUUGGUGUAAAAACCAUGUAAAUAAAGACGACAUCAGCUGCUA